UUUCACACGUGCAGCAUGUUGACACGUGUUCGACGACGGUACCCAAAUCCAUCGUGCAUUACCAUUCUACCUCCCCAUUCUCAUCCUUCCUUCUUCGUCUUUCUCCAUCCUUCCAAACGCCUGUCGGUGGGGGGCAAUAAUCGCUCUCUCGAAUGCUCUCCUUCUCGUAGGCUUUUCAUUUUCUCUUCUUCUUCUUCUUCUUAUUUUUAUUUUAUUUUUUUCGUUUUUUUCCUUUCAUCGCUUGGAAUCUGCUUCCAGAAAAAGAUUUUGAGUGGAGAAGGGAUCGGCUUCAGUGAAAUGGAGAAUUGCUACGACUUCUUGGAGUGGCUUGGACCCGACAAUUCGGUUAACGUGCUGUUGUGUUUGGAUGAACCGUCUGAUCUUGUUCGGACGAGUUUGGUGUCACGCUCAUGGCGCCAAUUCGUGAUUGAAAAUGGUUUCUGUAAGAAAUUAUGCCUCAGAAUGCAUCCAGAAAUUUCACGUUUCACUCGGGUUAUUGAAGUAAGCAACUCAACAGAGCCUAUAGAAGUCAGUUCCAGCAAUGCUUUAGAAUGGGAAAGCCUGGAAAGAGAACAUCGCAUCUAUGCUGGUCUAGCUCACAGUAUCAUGUCUUCCGAUACAAACAAGGCCUGCAUUGAUAAGUGGAUUAGUGCUUCCAGCACUGACAACUAUCCUGAGGAGAGCAUUGAGAAUACGUUGAUACCAAAUGAAAAAGUGGAUGGGAGGCCUUCUUAUUGGUCGAGUGAAGGAGAAAAAGAUCCUGAGGUGCCUGAGACACUAACAUAUAGAUUGAUCUCCAAUUUAUGUGUUGUUAGUGAAGUCAACAUACAGCCUUUCAAAGCAUAUUUUCAGCAUGGUGAUCCUAUAUAUUCAGCUAAAGCUGUGCGUUUUAGGAUGGGACAUCCCAAGUCAUUUCUGGACGUGAAAAGCAGUAUCAUGGAUGCCUUUGCGCCUGGUCAGAGGUCUGAUAAUGAUGACUAUGUCUGGACAUACAUUUCACCAGAAUUUCCAAUGGUACAGGAGAACCGUUUGCAGACAUUCAAGCUACCUCAGCCUGUUAUCUGCAUUGGUGGAAUUCUGCAGAUUGAGCUGUUGGGUAGGGUUCAGCAACAAGAAAUGGACAAUUUAUACUACAUAUGUGUCUGCCAUGUUGAAGUCGUUGGACGGUCACUGUCACCUGCAUUCGACAUCGAUAUCCUGGACUUCCCAGGAAACUGGGUCUUGAAGUACUUCCCAGAAGCUGAAAAUUGUGACACUCCUAAACAAACUGCCCAAGACGAGGGUUCUGGGUCCUCUGGCUGGCAUGCAUUAACAGCUAGAAUCAGGCAGAUAAGAGCUGGAAGAGUGUGGGACCGGGUUGUGAUUCUGAAUUCAUUGCUAGGGAAUGUAGAUGCUGUCGACAACGAUGACAGCAAUGAAUCAGAUGAAGAACUGGUUGCCUGAUCCUGAUAUAUUUCAACUGAAUAAUGUUGCUCAGGACCACAGUGCUGUCUAUUUCUGGUGGACUGCGGCUUCCUUAAAUGACAUCACUUAAGACUCGGGGAGAACAAUAUCUGAUUUGGGUUGUUGGUCAAAAACUGCAUGCGGCACUGCUUUUCUUAUCUUUAAAUUUCACCGUGCCCGUCUGCCCAGUGACUCUUGUAAAAUCUAACCUUGCUCUCAGAUUUUAUGGAACAUGAAAAGGCUGCUGUGAACCAGUUUAGUGGUA